AAAAAAAUUCUAGCUAGACCUAGAGCCGCAAUAAUAAUUGACGAGUUUAGAAAAAAGGUGGAUAGGGGGAAAAAGAGAAAAAGAUAGCUCAUGUAGUAGUACAAAUAUAUUUGAGAUUAAAUCUUCAACAACUUCAGCACUUUAUGUCGUCAAUAAAUUCCAUCCUCUUCAGCCUCUUUCUCAUUGGCAAUACUGAAAUUGCAUAUAAUUCCAAAAGGCAAGCAGUCAAGUGUUUAUAAACAAGUAUAGUAGCAAUAAACAAGUGUUUAUAGCAAUAAUAUAGUAAGCUAAGCCCUAGGAGGUCGUGUUGUGUUGGGUUUUAAAGGAGAAAUUAAAAUGGUGGAAAAUAGUGAAGGUGGAUACAAGACUAACCACAGAAUCCCAAUGCUUCUCUCUGUCUAAAUCCUUUCACCGUUUUAUGCUUGGAUCAUCUCUUUAGCAACGUUUCUAGUAGUUUGCCUUUAUUAAGCCAACCCUAGAUCUUAGUAUGAUGACGAAGAAAAAUCAACAGCGAUUGAGAAAUAUCUAUCUCCCUCCUAUUAUUUCAGUACAUAAUCAUAAUGGCAAAGGCAUUUCCUCUGGAUGGUAACAACUGCGCCAAUACAAGUGCAAACGUCGGCGGCAGCAGCACCUCCCAAAGCAAGGACAUCAACAACCUACAGCCUUCGCCUUCUUGUGAACUUGGCAACAACAGCAAAAUGGUGAGAAAGAGGGCGGCGUCCGACAUGGAAAUUCAGACCGGAGCCGGCGAGGAAAAUAGGUAUCUUCGUCGGCCUGUCACUAUAGGCGGGUCACAUUCCCAGCUAGGUGAUUUAAGUGCUUGUGGAACGAGUAAUCUUCGUCACGUCUCUAACUACUCCACUAUGCAAAUGUUACCUUCUUCCACAAACGUGUGCGGCGUGACGUCAAAAGGGGCUGAUUUCACUGGUUUUUCUAAUUCUAUCCCAAACCUAAUUAACUACACCGACGCCAUAACUUCAUCUCAUCAUAUUCAGCAACAAAACCUCAACAACAACAACAAUCAAUCCCCAUCUGUUUGUGUUUUCUCCGGUUUGCCUCUCUUCCCUCCCGAUAGAAACCGCCAAAACGGCAGCGUACUACUCCAGCAGCAGCCUACAUCAGCUGCAGCAGUUCUAGCUUCCCCCUUAACAACUACAGCUGCUUCAAUGGAGGAAAGCGCCACGUCAGCAACGGCAUGGAUUGACGGAAUUAUAAAGGAUUUAAUCAACAGCUCAGCUCAAGUGUCCGUACCUCAGCUGAUUCAGAAUGUAAGGGAAAUUAUCCACCCUUGUAAUCCAUAUCUCGCGUCCCUAUUGGAAUACAGGCUUCGCUCUCUCACUAGUAAUAGUACCAACAACAAUAAUAGCGGUGCUAGUGCUGACGUUCAUAACGAUGCGGCCGCCAUGGAAUUCUGGAGAAGAAAGGAAGGAGUGUUGCCGCAGCUUGCGAGUUUACAACAUGGCCAAAAUAUGAAUCCCAAUUCAUUGCAGCAACACAAUAUUUUAUCCCUUCCAGAUUCAUCAAAUAACCACUACUUAAACUGGGAUAUGGCUGCUCCGGUUGCACCUUCUCUGAACCAGCACCAGCAGAUUAGCAGCAACAAUAAUCCUGCUGUAACUGCAGAUCUUUCUUUUGUUACGUCUCCUCCAAUUCUUCCUCCUCAAUUACAGCAACAAGACUCUUCACAUUCUCAGCAACAGGCGGCAGUAGACUUAGAACAACAAAAGCAGCAGCAAUCAUCUAGCACUUCUCUAUCUCCAACAUCUGCAACCCACAGUGCCAAAACAAAAACUACAACACCUGUAGUUCCUAUCAGUACAUACCGAGAGAAAAAGGAAGAAGAGCGACAACAGAAGAGGGAUGAAGACGGACUCCAUCUCUUGACCUUACUCUUGCAAUGUGCCGAAGCAGUAUCAGCUGAUAAUUUAGAGGAAGCAAAUAAAAUGCUAUUGGAAGUUUCCGAACUCUCAACACCAUUUGGUACAUCUGCACAGCGCGUCGCUGCAUAUUUCUCUGAGGCAAUAUCAGCUAGGCUAUUGAAUUCAUGCUUAGGAAUAUACGCAGCCCUACCCAUAACCAACGUCCCCGUGCUCUACACCCAGAAAAUGGCGUCCGCUUUCCAGGUGUUUAACGGGAUCAGCCCGUUCAUUAAAUUCUCUCAUUUCACAGCCAAUCAAGCUAUUCAAGAAGCUUUUGAAAGAGAAGACCGGGUUCAUAUAAUAGACCUUGAUAUAAUGCAAGGUCUUCAAUGGCCCGGUCUCUUUCAUAUAUUGGCUUCCAGGCCCGGCGGGCCUCCAUUUGUUCGUCUCACCGGGCUUGGAACUUCAAUGGAUGCUCUUGAAGCCACAGGCAAACGAUUGUCCGAUUUUGCUGAAAGAUUAGGACUGCCGUUCGAGUUUUUGCCUGUAGCUGAUAAAGUUGGGAACUUAGACCCUGAGAAAUUGAAUGUGAGUAAAAGAGAAGCUGUUGCUGUUCAUUGGUUACAACAUUCUCUUUACGAUGUUACUGGCAGCGAUUCUAAUACUCUCUCCCUCUUGCAAAGGUUGGCGCCGAAGGUGGUGACAGUAGUGGAGCAGGACCUGAGCCACGCGGGUUCAUUCUUAGGGAGAUUUGUGGAGGCAAUACAUUACUACUCAGCUCUAUUCGACUCUCUGGGCGCCUGCUACGGAGAAGAGAGUGAAGAGAGGCACGUGGUAGAGCAACAGCUCUUGUCAAAGGAGAUUCGGAAUGUGUUAGCCGUAGGUGGUCCGUCGAGAAGUGGUGAAGUGAAGUUCAACAACUGGAGAGAAAAGUUGCAACAAUCUGGCUUUAGGUCUAUAUCUCUUGCCGGUAAUGCUGCAGCGCAAGCUACUCUUUUGUUAGGAAUGUUUCCUUCCCAUGGAUACACUUUGGUUGAGGAUAAUGGCACUCUCAAACUUGGUUGGAAAGAUCUAUGCUUGUUUACUGCUUCUGCAUGGAGGCCUAAUUCUUUCCAUACUAGCCCCGCGUCGCGUCAUUUUUCUCGCCCUAAUAUGGAUUAGAAAGAUUGGGGGUCAGUGAGUUCAGAUACUCCAUGGUUAAAUAAAAAAAAAUUCUGGCCAGUUGCCGCGCGCGGUGACCUCGCUCUUUCUUCCCUUCAUUUGCAGUGUAGUUUACAACUCAUCCUUUCAUGUCAUAUUGUAUGUUGUAUAUGCAAAGGUGGUUUGUUAACUCUUAUUUUUUGUGGUAGUCAUUAAUUAUGUUGCUUC